GUUUUCUCAUCUUCUCCAGGCUUCUAAAAGGUCCUCCCCAAAAAUCUUCAGCCAUGAAGUGGGUCACUCUGAUUUGCUUGCUCGUAUGCACCAUAGUAACUGAGUCAAGGUAUUUCAACAAGAGAGAUGCAGAACAUCAUGCCCGGGUCAUUGGUGAAAUAUCUAUAAAGAUAGGCCAGGAUAACCUUGAUAACAUAGUGCUGGCUAUGCUCGCUCAGAACAUGCAGAAAUGUGCACUUGAACAACUGCUGAAAAUUGUGGAGGAGUUCAGAAAAAUAUCUCUACAUUGUGUUGAUCAUGAAGAGGACGCAGAAUGCAAGAAACCACUGAUUGCAUUAUUCCAUGAUACGGUUUGUAAACAUGAGCAUAUAGAAGAAGAAUAUCCCUGGACUACUAAGUGUUGUGCCAUGCAAGAGCCAGAGAGAGAGAAGUGCUUCCAUGAUAAUAGAGACAUUGAAGUGGAGAUCUAUAAGAAACCAGAAGUUGAUUUUGUCUGUAAAGAUCUGAAAGAAAACCCUAAGCACGCUUAUCACUACUACGUUUAUCAUAUUGCAAGGAGGCACUCACAGCUCUUCCCCUUAUCGGUUUUGACAUUUGCUCGUCAAUAUCACACUAUUGUCAUUGAAUGCUGUGCAGAAGAAAAUAAGGUGACAUGUUUUGAGACUAAGUUCACUGAAAUCCUUAAAAACAUACUUUAUUUGGAAGGCAUGCAGAAGCACACUUGCCAUAUUAUUGAUCAUUUCCCAGAGGUCUUUUUGAACAUAAAACUAGCUAAACUUGCCCAGAGAUACGGUGGCAUUUGUUAUGAGGAAGCGCAUAAACUCGCUGUUGAAUCUGUGCAUUCCGCUAAGGACUGCUGUAAAGGCAAUGUGGUCGAAUGCAUGGUUGAAAGGCUGGAACUCAACCAACAUAUAUGUGCCAAUCAAGAGAAAAUAUCAUCCAACCUGAAAGCUUGCUGUGAAAAGCCUAUAUUGGAUCGCACAGCCUGUAUAUAUUCCUUACCUAAUGACCCGCCCCCAGAAGGUGUGCCUAAAGACAUAAACGAGUUCAUAAGUGAAGAGGCGUGCAAACAGUUUGCAGAUAAAGAAGACGAUUUCUUAGCCAGGUUUCUUUUUGCGUUUGCAAUAAGGCAUCAAGACUUAUCUUUCCUAACCAUUCUGAGAGUAAAAACAGGCUAUAAGGGUGUGCUGACCAAGUGCUGUGCAGAGUCAAAUCCCGUGGAGUGUCUCAAGUCUGCGCCUCAACUACUGGAAGCUGGAAUCAAAGCAGCCCACGAUCUAGCAAAGCAAAAAUGUGAAGCUUUUGAAAAGCUUGGAUCUUAUAAAUAUCAAAUACAUCUACUAAUAAAAUAUAUGAAAAGCAUGCCACAGGUGUCAGAAGCGACCAUGCUUGAAAUCACUAGUAAAAUGACAGAAAUUGCUGGCAAAUGUUGUGCACUUCCCGAGAGCCAGAGAUAUGCUUGUGCAGAAGAAAAGCUGGAUAGGUUAUUGGGAAAAAUGUGCGAAAAACAAGAACAUACAUUCGUAAAUGACCAGGUUCGUCGGUGUUGUACUGAAUCUUAUUGGAACAGAAGACAAUGCUUUACAGAACUUGAAACUGACCCUUCCUACAAACCACCACCGUUUGAUGAAAAUGCCCUACAGGUUGAUGCUGAUAUCUGUAAAGGGACAGAAGAUGAGAAGAAAAACAAAAGACUUACAUUGCUUAUUCAUUUGUUUAAAGUCAAGCCUGCUCUGUCAGAAGAAGAAACGAUGAAGUGUGUUGGUGAAUUUACAAAAGUGAGAGAGAAAUGCUGUGCCGAAGAAGAUCAUGAAGCUUGCUUUGCCAGAGAAAGAAUAACUUUUCUUCAGAAACUAAAGGCAGUGCUUGGAAUCGGUAUACUAUAAUAAUAGAGACUGCAGCCUCGCUGAGGAGGAGGAAGACCAGAAUCUGAUCAUUAGUACAAGUUUCAGAAGUCUCUAAUGAAAAGUAUACAGAGCUGUUUUAAAACAUGAAAUAAAAAUCUUGUGAAUUAAAGCUCA